AUGGUUAACUUGUUACUAGACUUGAUCUCUCAAAAUCAAGCUGGUUUUUUGAGGGGUAGAAGUAUAGUGGAGAACAUCUUAUUAACACAAGAGAUUAUAUCAGAUAUUAGGCUCAGAACUAAUAAAGUAAAGAAGAAUGGAAAUCAAAUAGUCGCUAAUGUUGUAAUGAAGCUUGACAUGACAAACGCUUAUGACAGAUUGUCAUGGCUUUUUCUCACAAAUGUCAUGAGGAGAAUGGGAUUUUCUGAGAGAGCGGUAAAGCAAGGUGAUCCAUUGUCACCUACUUUGUUCAUUCUAGCAGCUGAAGCUUUGUCUAGAGCACUGUAUUCAUUGAAUGAUAAUUUGUGGUAUACUGGCUAUGGGAUGCCAAAAUGGAGUCCUUCUAUUAAUCAUCUUGCAUAUGCAGAUGAUACUAUCAUCUUUGCAUCACCUUGUGAUAUCGCUUUGAGACUGAUUAUGCAGGUUUUGGGUGCAUACGAAGCAGCUUCUAAAUUGCUUGCUAAAGUAAGAAAUAAAUUACAAGGAUGGAAAGGCAAACUUCUGUCCUUUGGAGGAAGAGCAAUUUUAUUGAAGCAUGUUCUGCAGGCAAUGCUAAUGCAUCUCUUGUCUGUAAUAGAUCCUCCAUCAUUUGUGAUCACAAAGCUGCAUAAGAUAUUUGCUCAGUUUUAUUGGAGUAACAAAAUUGGAGAGAGUAAUAGACAUUGGGCCAGUUUUAUUGGAGUAACAAAAUUGGAGAGAGUAAUAGACAUUGGGCUAAAUGGAAAGAGGUGUGCUUACCAGUUGAUGAGGGAGGUCUUGGUUUUAGAUCUCUAG